AUGGCAGGAUAUCAGCUCUGGUCACCAUGGACCCCCCUAGAUGAGAAUCUGCAAUGGCUGCGGCACACAACACCUACCUUUGCCUCCAAACAUCCUUUUAGGAUUUCACCUUUCUUCCCAAAGAGCCCUUCUGAUCUUCAAGUACAUCAGUGCUUUAAUGAAGUUGCUAUAGUCGUGGAGAGCCCAAGGGUGGAAGCUGUAAAGAGCUCACAGUCAUCUGGCCAUCCACCUGGGCCCCAGAAAGGAGUAAUAGCCAGGAAGAUUAGGAAGCCCCAGCCCAUCCGUCUUGUUGGAUUGGAUUCAGUCUUUGGCAGGGUUAUUACCAUCCAGCCACCCAAGUGGACUGGAAUCUUCAGAGUUUCUGAAAACUCAGCCUUCAGCAAGAUUGUCAGCAAAGACCAACAGUGGCCCACUGGACUCAAGGAGCCACAGAUUGAGAUGACAAUGGCCAUGUGCAAACAAAUGCUACGCUCGAUUCUUCUGCUGUAUGCGAUAUACAAAAAGUGCACCUUUACCUUGCAACACUCCCAGUGA